AUGAGUCCAGAAACUACCAGCAUCAACUCGUUAGCAGAACUUCCAUGGCUGCAAGAUCCAAAUGAUUCAAAAGACACAAGUCCUGAACUUGUUUCCCUCGAAUUUAGGCUCUCAAACACGAAUUUGGGUGGGGGUUUGAUGCAAGAAGAAGAAGAAGAACCGAACCUUAUUGAUUUUUUCUAUGCUGAUAAUUUACCAAAUGGCAGUUUUUAUGAAGGUGUAGAAGCAGCCGCUAGGCCUCGAGUUUUCUCGUGCAAUUAUUGCCCGCGGAAGUUCGUUAGUUCCCAGUCGCUUGGUGGCCACCAAAAUGCUCACAGUCGAGAGAGAAAAAUAGCUAAAACAGGCAAUAAAAUGGUUACUAAUUCAACUGCGUGCAAAUACUCAAAAUCACUUGGAAUUCAAGCACGUUCAAUGAUUCACAAGCCUUUUUCCCAUUCAUCUGUUUUUGGGUCCUUCCAUCCUUUUCAGCUUGAGGCUAAGAGCAGGCAGUUUCUUUACGAGCAAGUGGCAGCUGGCCAAUGGCCCUCACAGAAGAAUUAUCUGUCCAGGACCUCACCGGUACCGCCUUCAACCAGCGGAGCAACGAGUUGUGCUGGUUGGACGUUGAAUAAUGACUCAUUAUUGGAUUCAAAUCGUACUUGUAAUGAAUUACACAAGCUAGAUUGUUUAGACUUGUCUUUGAAGCUGUAA